AUGAGAAGUAAACAUUCUGUUCAAGCGCUUGAGAACCGGCUGCGUGCUCUGAAGCGCACGUAUGGACGUGAUCUAUCAAGAUUUCCACCGUCCGAAAGCGCUAUCCGCGAUAUCUUCAGCAACGUUUCGGCCGCGGACGUUCGUCAACAAGCGGGAAAGACGAAGGAGAACGCAGGUGAGAUGCUGCCUGCCGCUAUAUCAAGCGUGAUUCAAAUGAUUGGAGCUGUGCAUCGAGACCACUUUGCGAUUCAGACGAUUGCACGCCAAUGCUUGGAAAUCGAGAAACGACCGGAGGUUUUUCUUCGAGGUGUUCAUUGUUUGCGAGAGCAUGCACCAAGGAUGCUAUUACUCCACAAAGUGUUUUUGAGCCAAGGAGACGUUCUUGAUACGCCACUUUCGUCGCGUUUACCAUUUCAGCGUGCACCAAUAGUUUCUCUAAACGAUUUCCUGUUUGAUGAAUUAGCAAAGCUGGCCGUACAAGAGCAACUAAGAUUUUGCUCCAAGUGGAGGCUCGCGAAAAUCACGUAUGGACGGGGUAGCUGGAAGUCUCCUCCAAUCCCAAUGUACAUGUACACGACUGUCCAGCGACUGGAGAUUAUAGUGCGUUGA